UCCCGCGGGUCCUUAAAAAGUAUUAAAAAGCCUUAAAUUUAAAUCUGGAAAAUCAAGGUCUUAAAAUGUCUUAAAUUUGCAUAAAUUUUGUUGUAGGUAUUAAAUUAUAAGCUGGUGCGCUUAAGACUGACGGCAAAUCAAAGUGCCACACCAUGAAACAUUAUUUAGUGUUGUGUCAAUGAGAUUUCAUGAUAUAAAUACGGCUUUACGGUACGUCGGCUACACACUGAUGUCACGCGGGGAUGCGUAUAAAAGAAUGUCGGCGCGACACGUACGGUACGUUCAAAGAUGGGGAAGUGCAAGUUUAACGUGAAGUGGAUGGACGAGGAGGCCUUUCGAAGGUGGUUGAUACCGACCGAAAACGACCAUGAAGCAAAGUGCAAAUUUUGCAGAAAGACUUUUUCGUUGGGGAACAUGGGGCUCAAAGCUGUUGAGUCGCACAUGAAAGGAGGGAAACACCAGCGGUACGAAGCAGCAGCUAGUCAUAGCGGGAACAGGCUAAUCCCCGCAUUGCUGGCAGCACCAUCUAAAGACUCUCCAAUUUCAGACGGCACCUCUCAGUCGGAUAUGGUAAAAUUCAUGUCACCGCCAGACACACAAAAGGCAGAGGUACUGUGGGUUCUCCACACUGUGACGAGGCACAAUUCAUUUAAAUCCAAUGAGGACAUACGUGACGUCUUUGCUGCUAUGUUCCCUGAUUCCCAGCUUGCAAAAUCAUUCACGUGUGGUGAAAAUAAAACGGCAUAUGUCGCCAAAUAUGGCAUCGCUUCAUUCAUCAAGAAGGAGCUAUCACGUAGCGUUUCUGAGAAGCCAUAUGUUGUCAUGUUUGACGAAAGCAUGAAUAAAACGACGAAGAGCAAACAAAUGGACCUUCAUUUACGGUUCUGGACUACUGAUGAUGAGACUGGCACACACCAUGUCAUCUCCCGCUUCUAUGGGUCGGAGUUCAUGGGUCACUCCAGGGCCGAGGACAUCAUGGCUCAUUUCAAGGAAGGUACAAAGGAGUUGGAUCUGAACAACAUGGUCUCACUGUCAAUGGAUGGGCCUUCUGUUAAUUGGAAAUUUGUUGAACUCUUACAAGAGGAACACCGAGAGCAGUGUGGUGGAGCCCAGCUACAAAUGACUGGGAGUUGUGGCCUUCAUACUAUGCACAACUCGUUCAAGAAUGGCUUUGCGGUGUGGCAAGUUGAGAAAGUCUUAAAAGCCCUGCACUACCUGUUUCAUUGUGCACCUGCAAGGAGAGAAGACUUUGUAUUAGUCACCAAGUGCAAUACAUUUCCUCUGCCAUUUUGUGGACAUCGAUGGCUGGAAAACCUGCCGGCAGUGGAGAGAGCCAUUGAAAUUUGGCAAUAUAUCAUCACCUAUGUGGAUCAGGUCAAAGCCAAGAAACUCCCCAAUCCAAGGUCAUCGUCAUAUGACACUAUCGCAGAAGCCCGGAUGGAUCCCUUGAUCCUAGCAAAGUUGCACUUCUUCAUGAGUGUCUCAAGAAGUUUUCAGCCAUUUCUCACCAAUUACCAGACAGAUGCCCCAAUGAUUCCAUUUGUUGGCAGAGAUUUGGAGGAUCUAAUCAGGAGCCUUCUCAGACGUUUCAUAAAGCGAGAUGUCCAUGUUGAUCUUUCUCCAGUAAAACUGGUCAAGCUUGAUGUGACAGACCAAAAACUUUGGGUCAGUCCAAAGCAACUGGACAUUGGCUUGGGAGCCACAGCUGCCCUUAAGCUUUAA